AUGGAAGUGGAUGGCUCAACAGAAAAUGAAGAAGCGAAUGAUGUUGAUCCUUUGGAUGCGUACAUGUUGGACGUAACAGCAGAAGCUCGAAAAAUCAACGAAGAAGAUCAGAAGCGAAUGCAAGAAUUGGAAUACACAGAUUCAAACAAACGCAAUAUUAUAGAAGGUGAAAAUGAUGAUACUCAAAAAGGAAGUGAUGAUGAAUAUGGUAGCGAUCCUGAAGAUAUUUUAGCUAUGGCAGCGAAAAAGGUCAAGCGAAAAGAUUUGGCAGCAGUGGAUCACAGUAAAAUGACAUAUGAACCGUUCCGAAAAGAUUUUUAUAUUGAACCUGCUGAAUUAAGAGAUAUGACUCCAGAUGAAGUGGAUUUACUACGUGUGGAAUUAGAUGGAAUCAAGAUUCGUGGUGUUGACUGUCCUAAACCAAUUCAGAAAUGGACUCAUUGUGGUUUACCUGUUGGUUGUCUUGAAGUCAUUCGUAAACUCAAAUUUGAAAAACCAACUUCUAUCCAAGCACAAGCAAUACCAGCAAUCAUGCAUGGACGGGAUGUGAUUGGUGUGGCGAAAACUGGAUCUGGAAAAACAAUUGCCUUUUUACUACCAAUGUUUCGACAUAUCAAGGAUCAACGACCUUUAGAAAUGGGUGAAGGUCCUAUUGCGAUCAUCAUGACUCCUACAAGAGAAUUAGCAACACAAAUUCAUAGAGAAUGCAAACCAUUUUUGAAAGUGCUUGGACUAAGAGCGGUUUGUGCAUAUGGUGGUAGUCCUAUUAAAGAUCAAAUUGCUGAUUUGAAACGAGGUGCUGAAAUCAUUGUGUGUACUCCUGGUCGAAUGAUUGACUUGCUCUGUGCCAAUUCUGGUCGUGUCACCAAUUUGAAUCGAGUCACUUAUAUGGUGUUGGAUGAAGCUGAUCGUAUGUUUGAUAUGGGUUUUGAACCACAAGUGAUGAAAAUCGUAAACAAUGUACGUCCAAAUCGUCAAACUGUCUUGUUCUCAGCUACAUUCCCACGUCAGAUGGAAGCUCUUGCUAGAAAGGUAUUGAAGAAACCCUUAGAAAUCACAGUCGGUGGUCGUAGUGUUGUAUGUAGUGAUGUUGAACAAAUUGUAGAAGUUCGUGAAGAUUCAACCAAGUUUAUGCGACUUUUGGAAAUUUUGGGUCAAUUCUACAAUGUGGAAGAUGAUGAUGCUCGAGUAUUGAUAUUUGUGGAUCGACAGGAAGCAGCUGAUAAUUUACUACGUGAUUUGAUUCGAAAGGGUUAUUUAUGUCAAUCUUUACAUGGUGGCAAGGAUCAAGUUGAUCGGGAUAGUACUAUUUCUGAUUUCAAAUCAGGGGCAACCAAUAUUCUUAUUGCAACUUCCGUGGCUGCUCGUGGUUUAGAUGUAAAACAAUUAAAAUUGGUGAUCAAUUACGAAUGUCCAAACCAUAUGGAGGAUUAUGUUCAUCGUGUAGGUCGAACAGGUCGUGCAGGCAACAAAGGUACAGCAUAUACAUUUAUCACUCCAACUCAAGAACGAUAUGCCAUGGAUAUUUGUAAAGCAUUACGUCUCAGUGGUCAAACCGUCCCUCCUGACUUGCAAGCAUUGACGGAUGAAUUCCAAUCAAAAGUGAGAAGUGGACAAGAACGAUUUGCUGGUUCUGGAUUUGGUGGAAAAGGAUUAGAACGAUUUGAUAAAGAUCGUGAUUUGGUUAAAAAGAUUCAAAAGAAGGCAUAUGGUGGAGAUGAUCUUGAAGAAUCAGAUGAAGAAGUGGAAUUAGAAACAACUCGUAUUAUACCCGGUCAAGUCAAGACACCAACCCCAGCAGAAGUAGAUAGUACAUCCAACGUGAACUCUGAAUCUCAAAGCAUGGCAGCAUUAGCGGCAAAGAAGGCGGCAGAAGUGGCGGCUCGAUUAAUGGCAAAUGCUGGUAUGAAUAAAUCCCAAACAAUGGAACAAGAUGAAAAUGAAGAUGCUCGACCUGUUUAUGCCGAAGAAAUCAAUAUCAACGAUUUUCCUCAAAAGGCAAGAUGGAAAGUUACCAACAAGGAACAAAUCUCACAAAUCAGCGAAAUUACUGGUGCAGCUAUCACAACCAGAGGUACAUUCUUCCCAGCUGGAAAACAACCUGGACCCAACGAGCGGAAAUUAUACUUGUUUAUUGAAGGGGACUCUGAAAUGGUAUUGGAAAAGGCCAAGCGUGAAAUCAAACGAAUUCUUGAAGAAGCAACUGUGGCAUCAUUAGAAGCUGAAGCUAGAACUGGAGGUGGUGCUCCUAGUAGAUAUUCUGUUGUAUAG